AUGGACAUGAACAUAAGAAACGGGAUGAGAGCUACAACAGAUGAUGCACAAAAUUUCUUUGCGAAUGGUCAGGAGCAGUUAAUGCCUGCAGGCUCUCUUCGUAAAAAGAAACUGGCAAAAAGACCUGGAUACAUGAGGCCAGAAGCUCAGCGACAGAUAGAGUUGCAGUCCCUGGGUGCCUGCAAGCCAUUCAGCCCAGAAGAGCUCGAACAUGGCAGGCAGCAUUGUGGAGACUUGGAGAAUGGCUCUCUAUGCAGACAAUACAGAAAUAACUUUGAAUUUUUACACUGUAGUUCAGUUGCAAAUAGUGCUGUAGUUCCCACUGAUGGCGCAUUGGCCACUACUGGAAAUCUGCUGGGGAGCUGCCAAAAUCUUUCACAUUACAAGAGUUCACGGUCGGAAAGCACAGUGAUACCGGUUUACCCUGCUGCAGCAGCAAGCAAAGGGGGUGUUUCUGCUGUAUACUGUGCGUGGCAGAAGAGCCACGGUGCUAAAGUGAGUGAGUCCCAAAACAUGUAUGCUUUGGAUCAGAGAGAAGUGAAUAACAACUGUGAAUAUCAAAACAGAGAUGUUUCUCGUUCAGUUGGUGCACAUGACAGCUUUAGUUCAAAUUUCAGCUUCAUACAGCUCUCCCUGAAUUCGUCCUGUGGAGAAAGUGAUGCUGAAAGCAAGUCGGUCAUUGAGGAAGCUGAGUAUGUUCUGCAUCCCAGCACUGGAGGGAAUCUGCAGAAGUCAGAGGAGACAGCACAGACUUGUGAGCACUCAAGAGCUUUGUGUUGCUUCUCCAAGCCCAGAGAAGAUUUGGAGUAUGAAAAUGAGACCACAGCAAAUGAUAAACUGCAGGACUGUGAGACUGUCUCUCUUUCAGAUACAGAUGCAACAUUUUCAUAUUCUACAGAUUCCUCAGAUGCAGCAUCUGCUGGCUCUUCUGUCACCUCAGGCUACGAAAGUAGCUUUACUCUUAGUGACCAUAACUGGGAUGCUUUGUUGAAAAAAUAUGAGCCAGUGCUACAGGACUGCCUGCUUGGCAACCGCAGUACAUUAAAGAUAAAAUCCUUGAUCUUGCGGCUUCAGAGGCUUCAGGAAAAAGCAAUAGAGGAAGAUGACUAUGAUAGAGCUGAUAAAUUUAGAUGGAAACUGGAAGAAUUGGAGAAAGAGAAAAAUUCUUUAAAAUUUCAACUUCCUUCAAGGCAUCCUUCAAUUAGCAGUUUUUUGGAUAGGUUUGUUACUCAAGUUCAAGCAGCAUUGCGCUGGGCUGCCAAUCAUCGGGUUAGACAUGAAGAAACCCAGCUUUGUUGUGAAAAUGAAUAUAAACUUUUGAGAUCCACUUACCAGGAGAGGAUGCAAAUUUCGACCAUAAAACGAAACCAACUUUUACAAGAAAAGAAAUGGUUACAGAAGGAAAUUGAAGACCUCCGAGCAAGACUGGCCAUACUAGAAGCAAAAGAUCAACAGCUAAGAAGAGAAGUUGAAGAACAAGAUAGGCUUAUUCAGUCACAGGACUGUGAACUGACUGCUUUACUUGGCUGCAUUUCUUUGAGAGAGCUACAGGAAAUAAGCAAAGCUGUGGAUGACACUUUAGCAUCCUCCUAUCAAAUUCCAUUCAGUCUGGAUCUUCCAGGGACAAUAAAGAGCCUUCAGGAAAAAGAACAGUCAUUCAACAUGUCCAUUAAAGAAACUACUGCCAAAGUUUGUACGAGUCAGAAACUCUGCAGUACUUUGAGGAGGAAUGUGAGUGAUAUUGAGACUCAACUACCAGCUCUCCUUGAAGCCAAAAUGCUGGCUGUUUCAGGGAAUUUUAAUGACUGUGAAUGGUACAAUCCUAAGUUAUUACUAAGCCAAAAUUCUGGAGGGAACAGGUUGAAAAAUCAAGGACGAAAG